GAUAUGUGGCUUUUGACUUGUUGAGGUUGUAAAGUAUUUGAUGAUUGUGCUUACAUGGAUCUGUGUAUGGAAUGAGGAUCUCUCUGUGUCUUUGGGUUCUAGUGCUGAGCUUGUAUUCCUACUCUGGACAUGCUGAAGAGACGACCAAAGCUGUUCUGGUACUGGAUCCUGAUCAAACACAGUUCUACAGUGGAGAGACUGUCACUCUCAGAUGCAGCAUAGAGGGACAGAACACCUCAGGAUGGAAGUUCCUCUGGCAUAGAGAUGGUCAUGUGGUUCACCCACCACAGGGCUGGACUGACAAUAAUGAAUAUACAAUACAGUCUCUGGAUGAGACCCAUAGCGGUGACUACACCUGUGCUGGUCUAAAAGAUGAUAAAGAUGUCCAGAGUGAGACUGUGAAACUGCACAUAUCUGCCCUGCCUUUGGCUACACUGACUGUGGAGCCACAUAGUCCUGUGUUCACUGGAGAGACACUCACUCUGAGGUGUGUGAUAGCGUCUCACAGUGGCUGGGUGUAUAAGUGGUAUAAAGACAGGGAUAACAAUGUUGUGUUUGAGGGAGACACAUUUAUUCUAAAAGAAGUUAAUAAAUCAGGUAAUGGCCAGUACUGGUGCAAGGGAGAGAGAAAAGAAGCUCCCACAUCAUCGCAAAUCAGCAGUGAAACAACUGUUAAAGUUCAAGGACCUUUGUCCAUCAGUCCCCAAAGAGCUCAACACUUUACAUCCGAGUCUCUCUCACUGAGCUGUGGGGUUCAGGGCAAUUCUACUGGAUGGAAAAUAAGAUGGUUAUCAGGAAGAGGGGGGAAUGCAAAGUGUCCCACUGACUGGAGAUCAGAAAAAGAAUCCACCUGCAGCACCAGAUCAGCAUCUUCAUCAGACAGUGGGGUUUACUGGUGUCAGUCUGCGUCUGGAGAGCAGAGUGAUCCUGUCAACAUCACAGUGCAUGAUGGAGAUGUGAUCCUGGAUAGUCCUGUCAGUCCUGUGACUGAGGGAGAUCCUCUGACCCUGCUCUGCAGAUUCCGUAACACAACAUCAGUCAACACCACUGACUUCUAUAGAGAUGGGACUCUCUUCAGCACCUCCAGCACAGGGCAGAUGACCAUCCCAGCAGUCUCAAAGUCACAUGAGGGACUCUUUAAGUGCAGAUCCCCGGAGAGAGGAGAGUCGCCGGAGAGCUGGGUCACAGUCAGAGGUCUUCCUCAACCUACAGUGUCUGUAGAGACUCAUACAGAACAGGAGCAAAAACCAGUGUCAGACUCUGGCUCGUUCAUCCUGAUAGCAGUGGGAGUGGUGGUGGGAAUGUUCUUCUUGGCCUUUUUAGUUUUCUGUCUGCAUCGCUCAAAAUAUCUCACAGGUCUUUGUUUGACAACUACCGCAACAGACCAGCAGCAGCAGCAGCAGCAGCAGAUGAGCACCAAUCACAGUUCAGACCAGGACCAGAGUCAGUCUGCAGGAAGAGGGGGGUCUGAGUCAGAGUAUAUGCCUCUGCAGAUGAGAAGUACAGAUGUCUAUGACACCAUCACACCCCUAUAUAUGCCACUGCAGAGAGGUGCUACAGAUGUCUAUGAUACAAUUAAAUCAUCCAAGGAAGAAGAUGAUGAGGAAGAAUAUGAUGAUGUGGUUCCCUCCGACACUAGAGCAGAGGAACAUGUGUAACUGAG